AUAUUGACUGUGUAAAUUUUUAUCAGUGUCCAUUCUGCUUAUUCUGUGGUAUUUACCUGUGUACCUAUUAUUGUUUUGCAACGAGAGUGCCUAAGAUGUAGUUAACGUAAACACUUAUUCAAAUAUUUUAUUUCAAUCCAUAUCAAUUGAGAUACAAGAUAACUGUUAAACCAAGGUCUAUAUAAAUACACUUCAAAUAUCAAGCUACCGUUUGUUAAAUCAAAAUUUAUGUAAACAUUGCACAACAUGUGAUAUAGUACUCUCAGCGGAUUCUUUUUAUAUCACUUAAAGUUCUUUUAAUGUUAUGUAAAAACCACAUGGUUCAAUUGUUAUAAGUUAAUUUUCUUAAGAAAUAUAGUUACUGCAUUAAUUGAAUUUGAAUAAUUAAUCUUAACAAUGGCUAAUACUGUCGUACAAUUUUCUACCAUUCUUAGUAAAACAGACCCAAUAAGUAUUCCUGUUCUGAUAGUUGGACAAGAAAAAUACUUGUCCAACUUACCAUACUCUGCUAUCAAAUGCAAAUUAGAACCACGGGUUAAUGAACAAACAUUCAAAUCAGCAAUAUCAGUAUUGAAUCCUUGCCCUACUGAUUCGUGUCCUCUUUUCUUAAAUACUGCUACAUUAGCAACUAUUUCCAAUAGCCGAAGCCGUCAUAACUCUUCAGCUCAACCACAUAUGUUGACUAAAUUAAUUAAGACUCACUCUGUUGGUUACGAUGAAUGCAUUGUAAUUGUUUGUGAACGUCAGGAUGUAUUUGCAUCAGGUUGUGCUGCAGCUAGAGCAUUUUAUGAUUAUUGCCGCAAAACAAAGAUAGUCAAUGGAAAAUUAAAAGAACAAAAGAAAACUACAGUAACAGUAAAUGUAGAAUUUUUAAUUGUGUCUGGUGAUUUGUGUAAUAAUGUAAUAGAUAAAGAAGAAAUGUUAACUCUUGAAAGAAUAGCAAAUGCUAUAAAAAUGACUACCCGAAUUGUUGAUACUCCUUGUAAUGAUAUGAAUGUUGAUCAUUUUUUACAAGAAAUAACUCAAGUUGGAAAUGAUUUAAAUAUAAUUCCUACUAUAAUAAGUGGUGAAGACUUAAAAAAGAAAGGAUUUGGUGGUAUUUAUGGUGUAGGUAAAGCAUCAUCUGUUGAACCAGCUUUAGCUGUGUUAUCACACUUGCAAUCUGGAGCUACUGAAACAAUUGCUUGGGUUGGUAAAGGCAUAGUAUAUGAUACUGGUGGUUUAAGUAUCAAAGGAAAGACUUCAAUGCCAGGAAUGAAACGAGAUUGUGCAGGUGCAGCUGCUAUUUUAGGUGCUUUUCAUGCAAUGGUGAAAUCGGGCUUUAGUCAGAACCUUCAUGCCGUAUUUUGCUUAGCUGAAAACUCAGUUGGUCCCAAUUCCACUCGUCCAGAUGAUGUCCAUACUUUAUAUUCAGGAAGAACUGUUGAAAUUAAUAAUACUGAUGCUGAAGGGCGUUUGGUGUUAUCUGAUGGUGUUGUUUAUGCAUCUAGAGAUCUUAAUGCAAAAAUUAUUUUGGAUAUGGCCACUCUGACUGGAGCUCAAGUAGUUAGUACUGGUAAAUAUCAUGCAGCUGUCAUGUCAAAUUCAGAACAGUGGGAAAAACGAGCAGUAUCUGCUGGUCUUAUUUCAGGAGAUUUAACUUUCCCAAUUGUUUAUUGUCCAGAACUUCAUUUUUGUGAAUUCUCAUCUGCCAUAGCUGAUAUGAAGAACUCAGUAGCAGAUCGAUCAAAUGCUACUUCAUCAUGUGCUGGACUCUUUAUAGCAGCUCAUUUAGGAUUUGAAACAUCUAACCAAUGGAUUCAUGUUGAUAUUGCUGGACCUGCUCAUUAUGGUGAAAGAGCCACUGGAUAUGGAGUUGCUCUUUUAGCAGCUAUGUUUUCAAAUUAUUCUAAUGAUGCACUUCUAAAAUUUGUAUCAAAACAUGCUCAAUACUCAAAAUAAAAAAAACAUACAACUGUUA